CAUGUUUGCGGGGCUGGGAACGGACAGGCAUCCGGUGCCGGAGUUUUACUCCCGGAGAAGGCGGUGGGACCCGCCGACCGCUUCCCUGCCGGAGGUGAGUACGGCCGUGGUCGCUCCCACCCCCGAGGCCCGGGCACGCCUGCCCCGCCGUCCGGUCCCCGGCCCCUGGCUCCCGCGGCGGCUCCUCCUGCCGCCGCCUUGCCCUCCGCCCCCGAGGCGAGCGGCACUCCGAUGGACGUGGCCUAAUUUGCCAACAAAACCGAGACGUAGAGAGGUGUAAUCAGCCAAAGGUCAGACUGAGUUCUGGCUCCCUACCGAGGUAUUUGGAUGUUUAUGAAAGUUCCGCCUCAGCACCUCGAAUUGGUUGGCUGUAAAGUCCAUAGCCCUCCAUAGCCCUCCCGCGCGGAAAGCCGGCCCGCCCCGGGUGCGAUCCCCGGCCUGCAGAGGCUGGCGGCUUGGUAGCUCCCACUGCCAAAAGGCAGUUGGGAUUGCGACUGGGGAUGUGGUACUGGAAAGAUGAAACCAGAACUCUUGAAUUCAGAAGUUUUACACCUGCAGUGGAACUCAAGGAGAAAGGAAAGAAAGGCAAAGCAAUACACUUUGCUGAAACUGAUGGUCCCGCUACAGACAGGUUGACAGAUAAAAAGUUUGUUUCGAGAGAGGAUAAGUCACCUAAAGCCUUAGAGAAACGAGGUCAGCAGGGCAACGUGACACUACAUGAUGCUAAAUUUGUUGCUUUGUUUUUGCUGCAAGAUACCGAGAUGCAGCGGAUCUGUUCUUUUACUACAUUUAUGAGGAAUAAAAAUCUUGACAAUUUCCUCAUGGCAUUGUUGUACUAUUUGUCUCAUUACUUGGAAAAAAUCUCCCUGGAAAAGAAACCCAAAAGCUAUAUGGUGGGCCUUGUGGAGAAAAAAGAGAUGGAACUGGUUAUAAGUAAGUUAGAGGCGGCGCAGAAGUACUUGGCGCAGAAGUACUGCAUGCUCGUGCUGGGCUUGGCCAUGCCUGAUAAGCAUCACAUGUGCUGUGGAAAGGAGAAAAUAUCAGAUACACAAAAAGACUGGAAAUUCUUUGAGUCCUUUUAUACUUUCUGUACAUACGUAGCUUGGAUUGUCUUCCGACGUCAGCACUUCGCAGAGAUUGAGGAAGAAAUAGGGAGGCUCUUUCGUACCAAUAUGUUCAAUAUUCCUCGGAGGAAGCGCGAGGAUGAAGAAUCAGGAGGGGAAAAGAAACGCAUGACUUUUGUACAAUUCAGAAGAAUGAUGGCAAAACGCCCAGCGAUUAAAAAAGCCAUUAACAUGCGCUCUCCAGUCCUGUCUACUCUGCUGCCAUCUCUCAGAGAAAAAGCUCAGAAUGUCUUUGAGAAAAAGAAUCAUCAAGGAGGCAUCAAACUCCCAGCCCAGAUACAAGAGCACACGGAAAAUCUGGAGUCUGUGCCCAUGCCAAUAGUUGGCAUCUUGGGGGAGCCUCGAUGUCUGUUCAACCCCCAUACCCUUCUCCCCCUUGAACCAGAAGAAAACACGAAAGCGGAUGGGAAACAUACCUCCCUGAUAGAAAGAAAUAACAUGAAGAUCCAGGAUACACUGAACAUAGUUCUGAGAACACUGUCGUCUCAAACAGCAUUCCCUAAAUGAUCGGGUACCUUCUGUUUCUGUAAUUCAUUCAGUCCCCGUAUUUGAAGUAAACUACUCUGACUUAAUCACUUUAUACAGGACUAAUAUUUAUUGUUAUUAAACAAUUUUAAUUGUUCAAAUUAUUUUGUUGAAAGUUCAGUAGUAGACAGUUAAUCUCAGAAACCUUUAGAAAAGCUCAUUUUCCUGUAUUUACUAGUUUGCUGUGUUAUUUAUUUACUUCCUUGGCUUCUGUGUGACUGUUUAGAGUAACAUAUUAGGACAUUUAGCCAGUAUUCUAGUGGACUAGUAAAGAAACAUUCUGUGUUUAUUUGUUCCUAUGUUCAUUUUUACUAUAUGAGAGAAGAUGUUUGGGACAUUUGAAAACUAAAUUUUAUAAAAAAGGAAAUUAAAAUAUUUUAAAA